AUUGAAAGAUCGUUGGAUCCGAUCUGUGGCGAGGUGAGAGAAAUUUCCGAGGAGGGGCGAGCAGAAAAUAAACGUGCAAGACCCCCACCUCCCCUAGAACUUUCUGUGGCGGUCCAUUUUUGGGCUCCCCACCUUCGGGGCUUCGCCUCGAUCACCACCGUCCUCGCCGAGGAAGAAGCUUCUCCAAGCACCCUCCGGACACUCGACUCGCGCCGCUCCACUCGCUCGGGAAGCCGGCGAAAGGAAAAGGCCGCCAGCAUGGACGCGAUCAAGAAGAAGAUGCAAGCGAUGAAGCUUGAGAAGGACAACGCGAUGGAUAAAGCCGAUGCCUGCGAGGGGCAGGCAAAGGAGGCGAAUAUGCGCGCGGACAAGGUGAACGAGGAAGUCGGUGAACUGCAGAAGAAACUUGCCCAGGUGGAGGGCGAUCUUGAGGCUAACAAACAAGCCCUGGAACAGGCCAACAAGGAUCUCGAGGAGAAGGAGAAAGCUCUGACUAACGCUGAAUCCGAGGUCGCUGCUCUCAACCGAAAAGUACAACUGAUUGAGGAGGACUUGGAGAGAUCCGAGGAACGAUUGAACACCGCCACCGCCAAGUUGGCCGAAGCCUCUCAAGCUGCUGACGAAUCCAGCCGUAUGUGCAAGGUAUUGGAGAACCGUGCGCAACAGGAUGAAGAGAGGAUGGAUCAGCUGACGAACCAACUGAAAGAGGCGCGUCUACUUGCCGAGGACGCCGAUGGAAAAUCAGACGAAGUGUCGCGAAAGCUGGCCUUCGUUGAGGACGAAUUGGAGGUCGCUGAAGAUCGAGUCAAAUCUGGUGAAGCGCCAACCAAAGAGUCGAGGAAUUCAAGCGCCAGCUCAAGACCCUGACAGUGAAACUAAAGGAAGCCGAGGCCCGUGCCGAAUUUGCUGAGAAAACUGUCAAGAAGCUGCAGAAGGAGGUUGACAGGCUCGAAGACGAAUUGGGCAUCAACAAGGACAGAUACAAGUCGCUCGCCGACGAGAUGGACUCCACGUUCGCCGAACUGGCAGGAUACUAAGCUAUUCCGUCCUCUUGUGCUUCCUAUUAUAAUUGCGAUGUCAUGCGUGGGGAUGGAGUUGCAAUGUUACGCGUAAAAGGGACUCCAGGACACGACCAACCGUUGCACGAUCAGCGAAAAAAAGAAAAAAAAAAAAAGAAAAAAGGAAAAAACGCACGAGCUGAAGAGACGAUCGUUGGGAAUCGGAUGAUAUCGUUGACGACGAUCACCGCGACAAAGAUGGUCAAUGUAUGGAGAUCCGUAAGGAAUUUUACUCUGUUACACUGUUGUACGAAAUAUUACACAAGACCCAAUAAACUGCUGUAAUGUGGUAUCUCGUUACUAAUUACAAGGACUUUUGAUAGAUUUCCA